UUUAAAAUGUUGAUAAAAUAGCGUCUGACGUAAAUACAAGAAUUUGCACAUCUGUUGUACAUUUCUCAGUUUAAACAGAUUUUUAAAGCAUUUAAAUCAUGAGGAAGAAAAGCGUUUUUAUUCUGUUAAUUUUCUCAAUGUUACUUCCAUCUUAUUCUUGGCCAAUGAGUAAUCAAGAAUCACAAGAAGAAAUUCAAUGUUCAUCUGAUGAUGAUUGUAAGAAGAACGAAUGCUGUGCUUCAUCCACAGUUUUCCUUUAUCCUUUUCCAACCUCGGUUAUCUGGAAGUGUGUACCUUUAGGAAAAGAAGGAGAUUGGUGCAAUACUCUGAAGAACAAUUACUGUCCUUGUAAAUCUGGAUUUCAUUGUAGAUCUAAAAGUGAUUGGUUUUUUGGAACAGGCAAUUGUGAACGUAAAAAAUAAUUUUAAAAUUUAUCCUCAUUGAUUUAUUCGCUUAUUAAAUGAUACAAUAAUAGAUAAUCAAUCAUUUUACAAAAAUAUUUGAAAUUGCCCUUACGUGUAUUAUU